AUGCUAAGUUAUCUCUUCCAAAAGAAUCCAACCAAAUCUUCCAAAGGUUUUACUUCUCCUUCAACUAGCAAUACUUCAUCAAAAACAACUAUCAACCACAGUUCUCCAACUAGGAAAAAAUCCGACUCAUCCUCUCACAAGCGACAACAAUCAAAACAAUAUCCACCCUCAGAUCCACGCGCUACCUUGAAACGAUCUCUCUCAGCACAUUCUGGUUUAGACGCUGUUAGUCAAGAUUGGCUUAAUGCUCCUCGUCCAAUUAAAACAGUCAAGAGAAUGGAAAGUUUCGACCGCUUUAUUCCCCAUCGACAAAGCAUGGACAUGUCGUCUUCUCAAUUCAAUCUUGCCAACAAAAACGAAUCGACUGAUUUGGAUCACGACACUGAUGAUUACAACAAUAGUGUAGCUCAUGCUCUUGGAUAUGCCCGCGAUAAACGUAUUCUCUCAUUUGUACCUAACCCACCGGAAUACAAGAAAUCUGAAGAUAUUCGUCGCAACCCAUUAUCACUCUAUACCGUUGGUGGACGUAUUCAACAUUCAUCCUCAUCAUUUUCACCAGCAUACCAUCUUCAACAGCGCAAUACCAUUCCUAUGCGCCGUAUUGUCACAGCCCCUGAAAAGAUCUUGGACGCGCCCUAUAUGAAGGAUGAUUAUUACCUCAACUUAUUGGAUUGGUCUUGUCAGAAUGUGGUAGCCAUUGGUCUAGAUCGGUCAAUCUAUCUUUGGAAUGCAGAUAACGGAACGAUUCAACCUCUCAACUACAAUGGUGAUGAAACUAUUACAUCUUUAUCCUGGUCAGCAGAUGGUAGCUAUCUUGCACUUGGAACAGGAUCAGGUGAUACUCAAAUCUGGGAUGUGGAAGCUAACAGCAAACUACGAUCCAUGACAGGCCGUCAAUGUCGUGUUGGAGUACUUUCAUGGGAAAAAUACAUUGUCUCUUCAGGUGCUAAAGAUGGUUCUAUCUGGAAUCAUGAUGUACGGGUGGCAAAACACAAGACAGCAGAAUUGCUCAAACAUGAAGAUGAAGUAUGUGGAUUGAAAUGGUCUCCUGAUGGUACAAACCUAGCAAGUGGUGGUAACGACAACUUUGUAUGUGUAUGGGAUGCACGCUCCACCAAUCCAAAAUUCUGUAAAGAUGUUCAUCGAGGUGCAAUCAAGGCGUUGGCAUGGUGUCCUUGGAAUCAUCAUGUAUUGGCGACUGGAGGAGGACGUGAGGAUAAGAAAAUUCACUUUUGGAAUACAAAGACCACGGCACGUAUCAAUAGUGUCAAAACUGAAUCUCAAGUGACAUCUCUUCAUUGGUCCAAACAUUAUAAAGAAAUCGUCUCUACACAUGGUUAUCCCAAUAAUCAGCUAUCUGUCUGGAGUUUUCCAAAACUACAAAAACUCAUCGAUAUUCCUGGUCAUGAUUCCCGUAUUCUCCAUUCUGCUUUGAGUCCUGAUGGUCAAGUCCUGGCUACUGCUGCUGCUGAUGAAAAUCUCAAGUUUUGGCGUAUCUUUGAAAAUGAUGGUUCAAGAAGUUUGAUCUUACCCAAAGGCCAAAGUGAUAAGUCUGAUUGGAUUCGCCGUACUACUAGUUUACGUUAA